AUGCCAGAUCAGUAUCCACCACAAAUCAUUUAUGCAUCUAACCACGAACAUCAAUUGCAUCAGCAGCCACAUAUGAGCUCCUUUGUGGUGCCGGGUAUACACACAGCUGCACCUUCACAUACCGCCAAUGACCCUUUUGAGGUAAACAAGUUUUAUAGUCAGCAAAACCGGCAACAACAACAGUUACAGUUGCAGCAGCAACAGCAGCAGCAGCAGCAACAGCAGCAGCAACAGAAAACAACAAGCGCAGGUUCAUCAUCUAUGCAACUGCUCGUUACCCCAACUCCAAAGAGGAAAAGAGGUAGACCUCCAAAGAAGAACUCGUUUGCUGAGAAAAUCACCACUACUGUCAACAUCAACGUAAAUACAUCACCCUUACAUGCUAGUCCCGCUGAGUCAAAUUCCAACUCGGCUGCUAGACAAGGGGCACCAAACGUGUUUACUCCCUUGAUGAGAGUCAGUCCCACAUCAAAGACCAAAAAAAGGAGAAAGAACUCUUCAGUUAUAUCUUUGCCAACAUCAACAUCUAUUAUACCAGAUACAUCGCCCAUGAUUAAUUUGAAAAAAUCAAAGUCAUUUUCUCACCCAUCACCAGUACCAUUAGCAACCCCCAUGUCAUCAACGAGUACUCAUUUCCCACCUACUGCAUCAUCAUCAUCAUCUUCAUCUUCCUAUUAUUUCCAUAAAAAAACAUUGGAUAACAUAUCCAUGAUCACUCACUCGCAAGCUUUUUAUAAUACACCCCCACCUACAUCUUCUUCUUCAACUUCAUCAUCAACCUCAAUGUCCUCAUCAAUGUCUUCAUCAUUGGCUGCAAAGAAUAGCUUUUUUACCCCGCAUAGUUCGAAUUUGGCCCAGGUAGCAAAAGAUGAAUCUUGCAAACAAAGUGACUAUUCACAGGUUAAUUCUCCAACUAGAGCAAGAUCGAUGCAGGAUUUUUCAAAGAAUCUCUUACCCCCAGUAUCACUAACAGCGAGCUCAAAUGGCGACAGAACAGGAGGAGGAGGAGCAGCAGCAGCAGCAGCAGCAGCUUCAACUACCACAGCUUGUGAGGAUACCAAGGCGGGUAAAUUUAAAUCACCUUUACUUUGUAAAAAGUCAUUUGAGGAUUUCCUGUUGAAAUUGACUAUUGACGAGCUGGGAAAAGCUGUAUUGUCAACUAAUAUUUUCAAUACAAACUCCUCACCACCACAAUCGUCAUCAUCAUCUCCAACUUACGAUGUUAAAAAAAUAGAAAACGAGUCUGAGCUGGAGCCCAAGCUGGAAUCAGAGUUGGACUUGGAGAUGGACUUGGAGUUGGAGCCAGAGCAAAAGCCAGAGCAAAAGCCAGAGCCAGAGCCAGAGCCAGAGCAACUAGUUGAAACAAAAGCCCAUCAAAAGCUUAGUCAACAUUGUCAACAACCAAUACUGAACCGUGCAAUCUUGUCGACGGAUGAUGAAUCCAUUAUGGAACCAAAACAUCCUCAACUAUUAAGAAGACACAAUUCAGAUAUAACAGGUGUAGCAACACAACAGAAAUUAGAAACAGCAACACGAUUAAACUCCAUUAAUGAGUCAAUAACCGUUAACUAUACACCGUUAUUACAGCACCCCGCACUAUCGCCACCUUUCCUACCUCCUCAGACACCAAAGAACAAUUCCAUCAAUAGUAAUAGUACUAACAGUUUAUACAAUUUCUCAACUGGGUUUACUCCUAUAUUUAAUUUGACUCCUCAUUUCAAUUCUAUGAUGAAUAGUGUGAUGAGCAUAAAUUCACCUCAGAAUCGACAAAAAGUAUGUUCAAAUGGCAGUAAUCAUAGCUAUAAUUUAAUGAUGAAUCCAUUUUUAAUCAAUCAAGAAAUAUUCACCGGAGAACAACAGCAGCUACAGUCGCAACAGCAGCAACAGUCGCAACAGCAACAGCAACAACAGCAACAACAGCAACAGCAACUGCGGCAACUGCCACUUCAAUCUUCCAGUCCUCAGCAACAGCAGCAACAGCAACAUGAUUUAGAAAACCCAAAUGAGACUCAAAACUCCGUCAUCAUGGUUGAUUUAUUAAAUGAUAAAGGUCAUAGAGGAGGAGGAGAAGAAGAAGAAGAAGAAGGAAGAGGAGUAGUCAAUACUCACAUCAACGAUCAGGGGAUUUUAUCCUCAUCAUCUUCAGAUGAUUCAGAAGACGCAAGGUUGGUGCUUAAGAGAGUCAUGCAUAUUAGAAGAAGGUAG